ACGCGCAAAGUGGAAUUGUAAUUACCACAGUAGUUACGGAAAGACUGGGGUACGACCAGAAUUAAUGGAUUUUCAGUUGACAUGGAGUUGUUGAUGCUGCGGGAUUACAACAUGCAGUGGAUUAAUCUAUGAUGUUUAUAUCGAUGGGGAAGGAUGUAGUGGCUCUGAAUGUUGAUGAUAGUGGAGAGAGUGAUCCCUGUGGAGCUCAGGUCUUUCGUGUACUGGGAGAGACCGAAAGCAAAUGGAUCCUCUGUCUGAUCACGUACAACACCGUGAUUAUCUACUACCUCUGUGGCUGGGUAACUUCGACCAACAGUAUAGCAUUGAAUGCCUAUGUAAACACAGUAUUUUUCAACCUACUCUCCCUAUCUGUGUGUCUGGUCUCCAUCUGGGUGUCUAGAAAAACCCCAGCCACCGAAAAAUUCGCGGAAAGCUGGAAUAAGUCAUCAGGAACAUCUCUAGGACACCCGAAUAAAUCUAAUCACGUAGUUAUUGACCAGACAGUCUCUCUGUCGUGUUUGGGACCGGAGAAAUACGAGGUUCUAGCUCUCCUCGUGUCGUCGUGCCUAGUUCUCUUCGGUGGCUCCCUCAUCUCCAUGGAAAUCUUCCUAAGAGUGAGUGACCAGCCCAGUGUUCACACUGGCAGGUUGGGACUCGGGGCUCUCCUCGGUCUGCUCGCACACUUGGGAACGAUUCUCGUUUAUCCUGAUGCUGGAUUGAAUCACGUGGUCUGCAUGGCACUGCCAUGUGCAACCUUCAGGGAAUGCAAUCCAAUUCUAGCUGCCAAUAUCCUCAGCGCUGUCGUUCUCUGCGUUGCCCACUCUGUCAUUCACAUUUGGGAACUUUAUGUUGCCGACACGGCAGCUGCUUUCGCGGUGAUUGGGCUGACCACAACGGCGAUGCUACCACUUGCCUUUUACACGUUGUGUCUAAUACUUCAGGUAAUUUAUCGUUACAAAGUACCGCAUCAUAUGAUCGAGCAGCUGGAUAAGUGCCUUCGUGAGGCACUUGAUAUCGAUGGAGUUCUGGAGUUCAGGAAUGAACGGUUUUGGACUAAAUCGUUUGGAAAACUCGCAGGCACCCUUCAAGUUAGAGUUCGUAGAGACGCAAACGAGGAACAUGUCCUCGAAACAGUGAUGAAACAUCUCUCCCGGAUAGUGUCAUCCCUCAAGGUGCAGGAAUUUCGAGACACCCGUAUUGCAUCAACUCCAUCAGACUAUCAUCCAACCGAGUAUUACAUCGAGGAGAUUCUCGAGUUGCAUGACAGGAAUCAUGACACGUGUACACGUGAGUGGGAUUUGAGGUGGAAUGAAACCAUCUGUGGUGACGUGAGUGUCAUAAAAAUCGAUGAUAUACUCGGUUCAACGAGCGACGUCGGGACUUUUGCGAGUGUUCGUGGGGAUGAUAGAGUCAAGUGUCUGAGGAUCGUGAGAAAUCCAAUUACCUAUAAAAAUAACGUUACAGUCGUCGAUCACUUGGUUAAGAGUGGCUCAGGGAAGGGUAAUGCACUCAUUCUUGGAGCUAGGGGCCAGGACGAUGAGUUUGAUGGACUCUGCUGUGUCAAAUUGCUUGAUCACUAGGUUUAAUUGAGAUGUCCGUGUUUGAAUUGACAAUUUGGAGGAAUAAAGUUUCACUUCUUAGAAAUGUUGUAAAUAAAA